UUAAAAAAAAGAGAUAAUAUAUAUUUUUUUUGUUAUAAUAUUAAAAUAAAACAAUUAAGUAAUAAAUUAGAUUAUAAAAAACUUAAACCCUUCGAAAUUAUUAAAAAAGUUUUAUUAAUUAAUUUUAAAUUAAAACUCUUAAAUACGAUAUAA